GUCACGUAUAAUCAUAUGUAGUGUGUCAGUGUCAUAAUAUUAAUUAAAUAAUAUUAUUUAAUAUAAAAUAAUGUCGGGUUCUUUAACGGGUUUGAUAACUCAUAAAGCGAGAGUUCAAAGUUUGUAUAAAAGGUCUCUUCGCAUGCUAGAAAAUUGGUACGAUCGUAGAGAAGUUUACAGAUACUACGCUGUAUUGAUGAGACAAAGAUUCGACGAAAACAAAAAAAUUUCCGAUAUCAGAAUUGCUAAAGAUUUAAUUGCCAAAGGAGAAGCUGAGUUAUUCGACAAACAACACUGGCACCCACGAAAAUUUCCCGAAUCUCCUGGAGGUGUAGCUUAUGGAAGAGAAGUACCACCUCCGGAUUGGGUAUUAGACUACUGGCAUCCUCUGGAAAAAGCUCAAUAUCCUGAAUAUUUUGCCAGAAGGGAACAGAGGAAAAAAGAAUAUGUCAAACUUUGGGAAGAAAAAUAUGGAAAAGAUUCAACUUUUACCCCACAUUAAAUUUAUUUAAUAUUUGUAGAUACACGUUAAAUAAACGAUUUUAAAACAAAAC